AUCCCCCCCAUCCAUGGAACCAAAAUAAAUACAAAAGCGCAGAGCGAGAGAAGCCGGCCCAGCCGAGGUUGUGUUGUGCGUAAACAGAGCCCGUAUUCCAUGUCUCUCUCUCUCUCUUCCUCUCCCUCUGUAUCUGCAGAACUUCUGUUGAAGGAAAGUUGAAGAAAGCUCCGUCCUUUAAGGCUUCUCAGUCCCGCCUGUACCAUCCUGUCCCGUUCGAGAAGCCUUUUCCCAUCUAUGGCCGUCGUCCAGCAAAGCGACAUGACGCACGAGGGAGGAACAGGAGGAACCCAAGGAAGCGACGCGAGGAAAGAAGACGACGCGGGAGGAGAAGGAGGAGGUGGAGGAGGAGGCGGAGGCCAAGCAUCCUCGUCGCCGAGAGGAGUGCUGGAGAUCCCCAUCGCGGGUUCGGAGUCCGACCACAGCGGCAGCAGCACUUGCAGCUGGUCCCCGCGAGAGAGCCGGAAUCGUGGGUCGUCGUCGUCGUUGUCGUCGUCGUCCAAUUGGAAGAAGGUGAUGGACGCGUUGAGGAAGAUGAAAUCCACGAGGUCGUCGUCGCCGCCGCCUCUAGCGGGAGGGCGCGGCGGCGGCGGCGGCGUCUCGAAGCGGGAGGCGAAGAGGUUGGCGAGGAUCCGGAGCGCCGACGACGAGGGCGGAGCCGGAGCCGACGGCGGCGGCGGCGUCAUCGGCGUGCCGCGGACGCGGAAGCCGUCGUGGAGGAACUUCGACUAUUCGGAACUCGCAGCCGCCACUGACGAUUUUAGCCCCGAGAACUUGAUCGGGAAAGGCGGACAUGCGGAGGUGUACAGAGGUCGCCUCUCGGAUGGCCAAACGGUGGCCGUGAAGAGGCUGGGGAAAAAAGAGAAGGAGGAAGUGGAUAGGAUCGGCGACUUCCUAUCAGAACUCGGUAUUGUAGCGCACGUUGAUCAUCCGAACGCGGCGCGGCUGCUCGGGUUCGGCAUCGAGGGUGGAUUGUACUUUGUCCUCCGAUUCUCUCCAAAUGGGAGCCUCGCUUCACUUCUGCAUGGUUCGACGGGGAUCGUGGAUUGGACGACCAGGUUCAAGGUGGCGGUUGGUGUUGCAGAAGGAUUGCAGUAUCUCCACCAUCAUUGCCCGAGGCGCAUCAUUCACCGAGACAUCAAAGCCUCUAACAUAUUACUAAACGAAGAUUACGAGCCUCAGAUUUCUGAUUUCGGGUUGGCGAAGUGGCUUCCGGAGAAAUGGGUUCAUCACGUCAUCUUUCCUAUUGAAGGCACAAUUGGGUACCUCGCUCCCGAAUACUUUAUGCACGGAAUUGUCGAUGAAAAGACCGACGUCUUCGCCUUUGGGGUUUUGUUGCUCGAGCUCAUGACAGGUCGCCGUGCUGUUGAUUCGUGCCGACGAAGCCUCGUGAUGUGGGCAAAGCCACUAUUGGAUGCAAAUAACGUGAAAGACCUGGUCGAUCCUCAACUAGGAGAAGCAUAUGACGAAGUUGAAAUGAAGAGGGCGUCAUUAACUGCUUCGAUGUGCAUCCAUCAUCUGUCCACGAUGCGACCGAACAUGAAACAGGUUGUGAAGAUUCUGAGGGGCGAGGAUGGAACUGUGGAGUGGAAACAGAAGUCAGUUUCGAGUAGGACGCUCCUCCUCAACGCUUGUGAUGCAGAGGACUACAGUUGCUCGACCUACCUUGACGACCUAAAUCGCCACAUGCAGCUCGUAUUGGAGUGACAUGCUCGUGUCGCUGCCGGCGCUCCUGCCCGUGAUGGUCUCUUGUCUAAAGGGGACAAAUUCUCAAGAGGAACUAUGCAAUGAUCUGCAUUUUAUGGUCAGGUCAAAGGAGAUUCCGCCAGCUGCUCCUUCUUACUUAGUAAUAUGACUAGUAGUAUUUAAGGUAGCUGGAAAUGUGAUGUAUCAAUGGAGAGAGAGGGACAGAGAGAGAUCACAAUGCUAUUGAUGUGUGAUGUGUUUGUAUAUGUAUUCUGUAUUAUCAACCCUUCCCUUUUUCUUUUCUUUUUGGUCAAAA